AUGAAGAGGUGUCAGGAUCAGACGCACGGACGCACAGACGGCAGGACGGACCCACGAUCGGGCGCUGUGAUCGGAGGCUCAGCGGCAGGCUGGUGGAAGAUGUCGUUGGGGCCGGGGGGCGGAGCGGGGCGCCGCCUCAGAGCAGCCGGCCAAUCGGGCGGCGGCAGCGGCGGCGGCCGGGCCUGCGAGGCGGAGGAGGGGCCGGUGGGGAUCCCCUUCCCUGAGCACAGCGCUGACAUCCUGGGCAGCCUCAACAAGCAGCGGCUCAGCGGCCUGCUCUGCGACGUCCUGCUGGUCGCCCAGGAGCGCGAGUUCCCCGCCCACCGCUCCGUCCUGGCCUCGUGCUCCGCCUACUUCCACAAGCUCUUCACCUCCGCCGCCGCCGACCAGCAGAACGUCUACGCGCUGGACUUCCUGUGCGGCGAGGCGCUGGCCGCCAUCUUGGACUUUGCCUACACGGCCACCCUGACGGUCAGCCGGCGCAGUGUGGCGGACAUCUUGAGCGCCGCCCGGCUCCUGGAGGUCCCGCCCGUACAGGAAGUGUGCACGCACCUGCUGGAUACCAAAGUGCUCUCCCCCCGCUGGUGAGCAUGCUCAGCGGGAAGUGAGCGAGGAGAGGAGAAGGAGGACGAGGAAGAGGGGACGGGGGGGAGCAGGAGGGGGGGAGCAGGGGAGGCGGUUGCCAGCGCGCGGGAGUAUCUCGAGUACUUCCAGAGGGGGGCGACGUGGAGCAGCAGCUGCAGUACCCCAGAGCUCAGGGACAUCCCCACACACCUGCACUGUAACCUGGGCAACGGUACCCACAGCAACGGGGGGGCAGGGGGCCCCAACCCGCACUACUCCCCCCUGGCCCGGGCUCUGGCCCCCGAGGAAGAGGAGGAGGAAGACGAGGAGGAGGAAGGGGAGAUGGGGGACACCAGAGGACAUGCUGCGUGGGCCCAGGGGAACGGAGGAGGGGCAGGGGGAGGAUUCUUCCCCCCGGCCCAGAACGGACACCACUUCUACCUUCCGUGAGCCCAAGGGCGAGCAGGGGCAGAGGGGGAGAGGGGGGGCGAGAGGGAGAGGGGGUCGGCCAGCGCCCUCCUGCAGAAGAUGAUGGACUCCAUCGAGAGGCAGAAGGAGCGCGUGGCGGCGGGGGAGGAGCCCAACCAGGAGGAGGACCCCGACGUGGAGUUUUACUUGAAUUACUUUAACAGCGCCCAGAGCGAGGACCCCGCCUCCGCCGUCGCCAUGGCGCAGGGCCUCCUGCCCCUGUGGGCCUCGCGGGGGGGCGGGGCGCAGGAGAGGGGGGGCGGGGGGGCAGCGAAGAGAGGGGCCGGCGACAGGGUGGGUGGAGGAGGAGAGAGAGGAGAGAGAGGAGGAGGAGGCGGGGGAGGAGGAGAGAGGAAGAUGCGUUCCAAGGCGUUCCAGAAGUGCCCCAUCUGCGCCAAGGUGAUCCAGGGGGCGGGGAAGUUACCCCGCCACAUCAGGACCCACACCGGCGAGAAGCCCUACGAGUGCUGUAAAGUACGCUUCACCAGACAGGACAAGCUGAAGGUCCACAUGCGGAAGCACACCGGAGAGAAGCCCUACCUAUGCACGCAGUGCGGCGCGGCCUUCGCCCACAACUACGACCUGAAGAACCACAUGCGCGUGCACACCGGCCUGCGACCCUACCAGUGCUCCAGCUGCUUCAAGACUUUCGUCCGCUCCGACCACCUCCAUCGGCACCUGAAGAAGGACGGGUGCAACGGCAUACCUUCCCGGAGGGGCCGCAAGCCGCGGGUGCGAGACCCCGGGUCCCUGGAGGUCCCCCUGGGCCCCGCGGGAGCCGGCCUGGGGCCCAGGGUCGGGGGGCGCGGGGGCCGGGGGCGGAGGCGUCUGGAGGUGGCCUCGGUCGCCGCAACGGUGGAGGGGGGGGCCAGGGGGGCCCUGCCUCGCAGUCCCCCGCCCCAGGAGAGGCAAGGCCAGCCCGGGCCCUGAGGCAGCGUGGGGUGGGGGGUGAAGGGGGGGAGGUGGGGAGGGUGUUGGAGGGACUAGGAGGGAGGCCACCGUCAUCGCAGCCCCGGCGCCUCCAUCGACCUGGGAGGAGAGACAAACUAAAUCACGCAGAUGUGAACGUUUUGGAGAAAGAAAAAAACAACACAAAACAAACACAAAAAAAAAAAACUACAACUAACUAUUCCUCUAUAAACCAAAUCAGGGUGUCACAAAAUCUAAUCUCUUAA